AGUUCCGAGUCAGCAGGGUGGGGCUUAGGUGGGCGGGAAGAGAAGAGCUAUGGGGAAAGAUUCGAAUUCCGGAGGAUUUAAAUCGCGGGAGGAGACGCCAUCGCAGCCCAAGGAAGACCUCUGUUGAACACAGACUACAGUUCCAGCCACCACAGCUAAUCUGGAUCAUGAAUGGGAACCACCGUGGUCUUGUGAAGUCCAGAAACAUAGCUGAGUAGCUCGUCUAGAAAAGAGAUUUGUGUUCAGCUGAGUUAAAAGAAGUAUUUAGCUGUAUCUCAAACCCCUCCUCUUGCACAUCCAACCCCCAUUAUAAAAGGAAGUGCAAAAUGGAAUAAACUGAUUUUAAGUGAAUACCAGCUGUCUUUAUAUACAAAAGUAACUCAAGGGUGGUGAUGUACCCAGUCAUGCUUUCAACUGAUUUGGGAAGCCUACACCAUUCACCUUAGGUUACAUAUGAGGAUAAUUUACUAAAACAUUAAGCUAUGCAUAAAAACUCCAAGAGAAACAGUAGUUCAAGAGUUUCUCACACAGAAGUGAACUCUGUGGAUGCUGAGAAGGAAAAAAAUGAGAGUGAAAACAACUUUGUUGAACUGCUGCCUCAAGAACUCACUUUUAAAAUUUUCAGUCAGCUGGACAUUCGGAGUUUAUGCAGGGCUUCAUUGACAUGCAGGAGCUGGAAUUACACCAUAAGAAACAGUGACUCUUUAUGGAAACCUCACUGCAUGACUGUAAGAGCUGUGUGCCGAAGAGAAAUAGAUGAUGAUCUAGAAAGUGGUUAUUCCUGGAGGGUAAUACUGCUGAGGAAUUACCAGAAGAGUAAAGUGAAACACGAAUGGCUAAGUGGCAGAUACAGCAACAUUUGUUCUCCCAUUAGCCUACCAGAAAAAACCAUGUACCCAAUGGAUGCAGAUACAUGGGGGGAAAUUCUAGAAGCAGAACUGGAAAGAUAA